CUUAAAGUUUAGCUUCACUUUGACAGCUGACAGAGGCCGGUAAAAGACAUUUCUAUGCGAAAUUUGAUUUAAUUAUCCAUAAUAAUAUGUUCUCUAUAAGGCAUACAUGAAAAUCGAAUCUCUAAAAUCAAAUUUAGAAGUGUUAUGGAUGUGAUAUAAAGUUGACAUAUUUACAGAACUUUGCAAUGGAGCCUUUCCAGUAAUAUGUCUAAGUUUAUACAGUGCAUGCUGUCAAAGACAUCCCUGAGAUGUGGCACACUCCAUGAUGAGAUGUACACAUUAAUGAGGUGAUGUAACUUGGACAGAACUUCAUUCAUAUCCAUUCUUUUUAUGAUGGAAAAGUUGGAUGUGGUCAGAAUGCCUCAUUAGCUAAUUAGUUUGUGGUUGUUAGUAAUUACUGUACACUCUUGUAUAAAUUCAUUUUGGCAUAAGGCCUGGGCAUCCUUUAAUGCAUAGGUUUUGUGAUUAUUGCAAUGGGAACAGUGCUGACCUACACAGCACAAUUAUACAUAUGAUAUCGCAAAAUAAUGCAGAAAUUCCAUGACCAUGUUUUUUUGCAGAAAUAUUGCGGUAAGAGAUUAGCAAUUAGCAAUAGCAAUUAUGGGAAAUCCUUGAAUUCGCAUGAAUUUGUGAAAACACAAGAUCGCUAAAUCCUGGAAGGACUGAUAUGCUUAUAAUUCCACCAAACACUCAUACGAAAUAACAGCAAUACAGUUCAUUUAUCACUGUAUUCUUAAAUGUAUGAUGUAAGGUACUAUAAAUCACUGAACAAAGACACUACAAUUCAGAUAUGGCAAAUGCAAGAAAAUGAUAAGACAACCUUCCCCCUGAUCAUUUAAUGGCUAAUUUCUACACUCCAGUCAGGGUCACAAGACUUGGAUUGUGUCCCAAUUCUUAAAUAUGUUGCUGCUUUUAUUUUAUAAUAUAUUUACUAUACUGUAUAUUUUCAUGAUCCAAUCAAUAUUGCAUAUUGUAGUAAAUAUUGUUUAUAUUGGCAAUUUGCUUCAUAGCUCAUCUUCUAUUUUUUGGUUGUUUUCACUUUCCACAAUGCAGUUUAUCUGCAGGUGCAUCUAUGCUUCAGGUCAGGUAUCUAGUGAUUUAAACAUCACUGUGCUCAGUGUUGCUCGAUGUCUGGGCCGCCACUCUCGGGUCUCUUAGCUCAUUAUGAGGUCAUAGUGGUGGGUGUAGGUUACCGUAGCGAGCGUGACACAAGUCUCUGUCCUGUGGAGUCUGCUCUAAGCACCGGGAGAUAAGGGAUGUCUGGGAUAAAGUGGGAUUAGUGUGGAGGUAUAAAGCGCCGGAAGCAUCCAACAGAGGCAGGGUAGUGUAGUCACACAGGUGAGUGAGAGUCUUUAAGGCUACAGGCUGUUUUCCCUGACUGCACAGUGCUUUGGUUAACAUUUUCACAGUUUUAAUAAUUAUCAUUUUAUUAGAAUAUAACAGGACUUAUAAGUCAUGUGUACAUAUGUAGAAAGACACACUUGUGUGCAUGACAAACACUAUCUUUAUCUGUGACUUUGAACAUCAUUGUAAGCGAUAUUCGUUCACCCAUUUAUCCAUUACAAAAAAGCCUGCCAACACACAUACCACUCAGUGUGAACACACCUCUGAAUGGGAUCAAAACCAUGAUGAAAUGUGCGAGUUUUGUUGUUUAGUCUUUUUCUGUCAUAUUUUCCAUCAUCAGUUCUGCUGUACGCUGUUGAGUGGUGAUGGCUGCCUCUGCGUUUCUCACUGCUGUGCUGCUGGCUGCGCUCCUCCGUCUGGCCGCGCCCAUGUGUGUUCCCACCGAACACACGCUGUACGUGGAGAAGCACGAGUGUGACUUCUGCGUGGCCAUCAACACCACCAUCUGCAUGGGCUUCUGCUUCUCCAGGGACAGCAACUUGAAAGAGCUGGCCGGGCCUCGCUUCCUGCUCCAGAGGGGCUGCACCUACCAGGACGUGGAGUACCGCACGGUGGUGCUGCCCGGCUGUGCCCUCCACGCCGACUCCCUCUUCACCUACCCCGUGGCCCGGAGCUGCCACUGUGGGACCUGCAGCACCCAGAGUGACGAGUGUGCCCACAAGACCAGAGGCAUGGGUGGCCAGUGCUCCAAACCCCUCUGGCACCUUUACCCUUACCCUGACCAGAGCAACUACAUCCAGUACAACUGAAGGAUGACAGACAGACAGACAGACAGACAGACAGACAGACAGACAGACAGACAGACAGACAGACAGAGAG